AUGGAAAUGAAACCACGAACCAGGCGAUAUGCUGAUGUGAAGGUUGAACCAUCAGGUAUUUUCGACACGCCGAGGUCGAACUUUCUGCUCAACGUGGAGCAGGGACUCCGGCUCUAUAACCAACACAAGCAGCAGGCGGCGGUUACCAAGUGGAGAAGCGCCCUCAAGAGGAUAAGGAAGAGGAGCGACAAGUUCAUCCUCCUCGGCUACCUCUACCAGGCCUACAUGGACUGGGGGAAGUACAGGUCAGCAUUUAUUCAUUCAUAA